CCAACACAUGCGUCCUCGCUUGCUCAGUUCCACGCGUUGUUGUUCAGAAUUAAAAGGUAGCUCGUGUGAAAGCAAAGUAACAAUGCCGAAAGCCAAAAAGAAAAGUAAAAGAAACACGUUUGACUACAGUAAAGACAGAAAGAAACUGAAAAAGCAGUUUAAGAAAAGGGAAGCCCCGAGAAUAGAGUGUCCUCAGAUCCGAAAUGCCUGGAGUGAUAAGAAGUCUGUGGCAAGAAACUUGCGAGACAUGGGUCUGGCAUUUGACCCAAACCGCGCCCUCCCAAUUAAGACACCAACCAUUGCUGCUGUGGAGAGAACUGAAGACACUCCCGCCCCCAAAUUUGUAAGGAAGCCAUACGUACUCAAUGAACUGGUGGCAGAGGCCAGUCUCCCAGAGAAAGACACAAAGACCUUAUCCACAGACUUGAUCGAGUACGUGCAGUACAUGGUGAGGGAACACAGCGAGAACUACAAGGCUAUGGCCAGAGAUGAGAAGAACUAUUACCAGGACACGCCCUCACAGAUCAGGAGGAAAGUGGACCAGUAUAAACGCUGCCAUCCAGAGGAAUACACCACCUUCAUGGAGUCUCUCAAAGGUGGCAAAGCAGUUUCCACAUAACUGUGGCUGUCUUUGGUGGUCAACGACUUUCAAUGUGAAGGGGGAGAGUAACCAUUCUUCCUCUUUAUCGGUGGGGGGCAGUCUGGGAGCACUGACUGGCAAAGAUGAACAGUAGAGGGGGUCAAAGUGCACCCAGAAACACAAGCUUUCUUAAUUUAGAACACGGACUGUGAGUUGGGAUUUUAAAGAACUGUAAACAUAUGAGAAAAAGACCAGACAUGAUUUUCAACAUGCAUAAAAUCAAAUACUUUAUUGUUAUUUUUUCAUAUUUCCAGUAUGUUUCCCAAAAAUAGUUACACAAAUUAUAUACAGUAAGAACAUUUAAGACUGCUUUUGUAAUGAAGUCAACAUAUGUUUGUCUUCAUUAAUGCAUUUCCUUUUUGGAUAUUUUUUUUUGAAGAUGUAUAAGCAUAGAAUCAUUUGUCAAGCUUGUGCAAAAGGUUGUAACAUGUCACUGUGUAAAAAAAUUAAAUGAGACAUUUAAGACA